AGGCGGAGGAGGGGGAGGAGCUUCGGGAGGCGGCCACGCCGCCUGCUGGGACGUGCGGGACCCGAGGCCGCAUGGCUUCUGCCUCCGCCGCGGCCCUUUCGGGCGGGGGGGCCCGGAACCUGCUGCGGUUCCUGCGGCUGGUGGGGCAGCUCAAGAGAGUCCCACGGACUGGGUGGGUAUACAGAAAUGUUGAGAAACCAGAGAGCGUGUCAGAUCACAUGUACAGGAUGGCAGUUAUGGCUCUGGUGACCAAAGAUGAGCAUCUUAACAAAGACAGAUGUGUGCGCCUAGCCCUCGUUCAUGAUAUGGCAGAAUGCAUCGUUGGGGACAUAGCACCAGCAGAUAACAUCCCCAAAGAAGAAAAACAUAGGCGAGAAGAGGAAGCCAUGAAGCAGCUGACCCAGCUCCUCCCAGAGGAUCUCAGGAAGGAACUUUAUGAACUUUGGGAAGAGUAUGAGGGCCAGUCAAGUGCAGAAGCCAGGUUUGUGAAGCAGCUGGACCAAUGUGAGAUGAUUCUCCAGGCAUCCGAGUAUGAAGACCUGGAGGACAGACCCGGGAGGCUGCAGGAUUUCUAUGAUUCCACAGCAGGAAAAUUCAGUCACCCUGAGAUAGUCCAACUUGUUUCUGAACUUGAGGCAGAAAGAAACGCCAAUAUAGCUGCUGCCCCUGGCAAGCCGACCUCCUGACAUGUCCUCUCUCUUGCUGCACUCCUGUGACAGACAUCGUAGUUUUCAUUUUCGUGGUGUUGUGUUUUGCCACUGUUGCCGUGUGGAUCUCCCAGAUGUGAGUCUGUUUAUUUUCCAUUGCCUGGACUCCAGUAAGAAACAUAUGAUGCAGCCCGGAUAAUAAAAGAAGCUGGGAAAGAAUAUGGUCCUGAAAAUGUCCUGAAAAGGCUGGAGGCGGUGGGGGGGAGCUUUGUAUGCACUAAAUAAAUAUUUAAAACCUUAA